CGCGGCACCCCCACGGCCGCACGCUCCCGCGAAAUGUGCCACUUGUAUCAGUGCUGUGUUGUGUACCCUUUGUUAGGGGAAGUUUGAAAGUGUUUAUCACCUGUUUUGUUAAAUAGGAUUCCGAUGACGCCAUGAGCCACAUCGCCGUACCCCCGCCUUAAACAUGGCCACAAACAACCUCCCAUGUAAAACCAAGCAAUGGACGACAAAGUUAACAAUGCGGCUGUGCUCAGUGAACUUACUAGCGGCCACCAUACUAGCGUGCUUACCAUACAUCUCCACUUUAACUUUGCCGAGCGGGGACCCGGCGCCAGGCCGCUCGCCCGGCCCACCCGAAUCUGAACUAUAUGUCACUUUAGAUACGGUUGAAAAUGUAACCGAUGUGACCACAGAAAUGAGUGAGGUGGAAGACGCAUGUGCCUUCGCGAGGAGUGAAAGAGAGGUAGUGACGUUGAGUGAGACGGAUAGUGAAGUGAAUUUGACGGUUGUGCAUGCGGUGUUUGAAACGGAGCAGCUUGUGAGGGGCGUCGUUUAUGAAGUCCACCUCCGUACCGACGCCACUCUCCGCGACUACGCUCUCUACUCCACCGUGGGGCCCUUCGUCCGAGGCAACUUCACCCCCGCCUCCCCCCUCGAACGCUCUUGCCCCGACGACGCCCCCCACUUCGUGCUCAAGCACAAGCACAAACGCCGUUUCAAUUCGAAAUUCGUACGAGAAACAAGUGACGGCCGAUUUGAAACAAGUGACGGUCGAUUUGAAACAAGUGACGGCCGAUUUGAAACAAGUGACGGUCGAUUUGAAACAAGUGACGGCCGAUUUGAAACAAGUGAAAGUGAUAAGUGGUCUAGUGUGUAUUUUAGACCGCGGGUAGAGAAAAGUGUGAGGUAUAGGAGGAGGUUUGUGCCGGCUAGGGUAGUGAGUGGGCCGUUGGGGGAGAGGGGGGAGGUGCUGUUGAUGUGGAGUGUUAGUGAGGCGGAGAGGUUGGGGGAGGAUGCUAGUGUUGUUUUUAGGUUACGCUAUAGGAAAAUAACGAGUGCCACCAUAUACCAAGUGUUCUUUACUAAAUAUUUAAGACUAGAUUGCGCGUUACACAUAAAAGGGCCGCGCGGGCGCGUGCACUCCGGGCAGCUCCCGCGCACGCACGGCUGUCGGCUCCUCCCGCCGCCCCCCGCCCCCGGCCACGCCCUCCUCCUCGAGCUGCACAAGCUCAACGUACCCUGCUCCACCGGCUUCAUACGCUUCGCCCCCAACACACCCCCUCUCUGCGGAAAGCUCGAACAAAUCCCAUCACCAAACAGAAAAUUCAUAUACCACGACUCCAAGAACUCUGUUGACCUCCACGGCCGACCUACGUUCGCCGUCGCCUACCGUCUAGUCGACCAUUGUCACGAUGUGUUGCUGACGGAGAGAAACGGCUCGUUCGAAGUCGGACCCACAAUCAAGCUCUUCUGCUCCUAUAAAAUACAUCUUCCGUACGGUAACAAAGUCGCGUUACGCUUACAAAUGGGCACGGGACCAAUCGCGGCUAAACAUGACUUGUCUAAUAUAAUCCAGGAGGAUUAUCAAGAGUUCUGCAAAGGGAUGGAGCUGAAUUUAGAAGACGGGGACUCGAGAUGGAAGCAUUGUUCGCAGCCCAAUGAUCCGCUGCGCUCAGUCCAAAUCAUUUCUGAAGGAAACUCGGUUAGACUCAACAUCAGUAUCCUAGCUAAGCGGAAUUCCUCAGCUAUGUGGUUGAAAGUGUGGUGGAUGAAUAAAGGUGUGGAGGAGGUGGUGGGACACUGCGACUACGGGUGGGUGGUGUCUGAUGACUUCUGUGUGACGGCGGUGCGGGAGGCCAAGCGGGCGUGGAGGCAGGCCGAGGCGGAGUGCGUGCGGCUGGGCGGCCAUCUCGCUAGCGUGCUGAAUGAGAGGCAACAACAUAUUUUGGACCAACUCCUUAUAAAUGCGCCCGGCGCGGGAGUGGACGACGUGUACUGGAUCGGAGCUACGGACGCGGUCCACGAGGGCGAGUUCCGAUGGUCGGACGGCCUGCCCUUCUCCUACUCACACUGGUUUCCCGGCUGGCGCAAGCACAGCGGCCAGCCCAACGACGACGGAACCUCCGGCCAGGACUGCGUGGAGGCUCGCCCCUCCCUCCCCCCUCGACCACCCCCCCUGGCGCCAACCUUCAAGUGGAACGACCGCGGCUGCAGGGAGCACAACUACUUCGUGUGCGAGCGGCCACACAACACAGACCCGUACAUCGCGACCACCAUCCAAUGCAACGAGACGAUCUUCCUCUCUCACCUCCGGCCACACGCCACCGUCUCCUCCCCCGGGUUCCCCCGCCCCUACCCUGAUGACGUGGAAUGCAUCAGCGAGCUGCGCGCACCCCCCGCGCACUCGCUGGUCAUACACUUUGAGGAGUUGCUGACGGAACAUGAACCACAUUGCACCUACGAUUUCCUGGAGAUCACGGAAAUAGGAGAGAACGCUACGGACGAAGACUGGCAUCAUGACCAUCACGGCCUGUCCGCUGACAACGAGGUAUGGGAAGAAUCCGAGACCCUCCUCCCCGAGUCGGACGCCAUCAGCGCGGGCUGGUUGCGCGACGGCGUGCUGCCCUCGCGGCGUCUGUGCGGCGAUUGGACGGCCAAGCUCAAACUACUCCGCUACCGGUCCCGCGGGAACGCGCUGCGCAUACGCUUCCGCGCUGACCAUGAGCGCCAUCUAGCGGGGUUUAAGGCCAAGGUCGCUGUCGCUGACUCCCAAUCGUGCACGGACGUGAAGCAAGCGUUGUUCAGCGGCUACUGCUACCUCUUCUCCGGCUACCCGCGGGCCUCGUGGGCCACCGCCAAACAAGUAUGCGAAGGCCUGAACAUGCGGCUGUCAUCCGUCCACUCAGCCGAUGAAGAACGCUUCAUCGUCUCGGGGAUUCGGCAAAGCAGCGACUACAGCGCCGGAACAGUGUACUGGCUGGGUGCGAGAUCAGAAGACGGCCGCUGGGAUAACUUCACCUGGAGCGAUGGAAGCUCUGUAGGAUACAGAGGAUGGCAACAAUACAACGAAUCAGAAGAGAGAGACGCCUGUUUGGGAGUUCAAUGGAAGUCAUCCCCAGUCCCAUCGCAGCCCAGCGGCCUGUUCUGGACGUUACAUAAGUGCUCUGCCACAGGCGGCUACGUUUGCAAACGAAGACUCUCUGAGGUCAUCGUCAAAAACAGAACUGUCGAAGGGUCGUCAGGCACACUAACAAGCCCCGAGCACCCAAACCUGUACGACAACGACCUAGACUACUGGGUGCACGUGGUCGGGCCGCCUGACACCCGGCUCGUGUUCGUCUUCCAGCGGAUCGAUCUUGAGUUCCAGAAGGACUGCCUCUACGACUAUGUCGAGCUCCGGGAUGCCCUCAACCUGAAGUCAUCGCGAUACUGCGGAACCGUCGGGGAGACGAGAUGGGUCGCUUCCAGCAACAAGGCUGUGCUGCACUUCCACUCCGAUUACAACACUCAGGCAACGGGGUAUUCCCUAAUCUGGCAAGCGGUAGAGCUGGUGGGGUGCCCAUCGCAAACCUUCACGUCGAAAGAGGGCGUGCUGCGCAGCCCGCACUUCCCACAUUUUCUGCUACCUGACUUAGACUGCACUGUCGACAUCUUAGCUCCUACAGGCAAACGAGUCUUCCUAAACAUCACCUACCUCGAUUUCGGCUACGGCACCUUCGUGAAGGGCCUCCCGUCCAACCUCACGGACACCACAGACCCCGACUCCUUCAUCGAAGUCCAAGUGGACCUCCAGGACCAGCCCAUCAGACCUUUCACCAACCCUGAUGUGUUCACGAGCGGGCUGUUCGUGUCGACGGCGGAGGUGAUGCGAGUGAGGUUCAAGACGGGGAGGAAUGUUAGUGGGAAGGGGUUUCAGGCCUAUUUUAAAACUAUGGGCACAAUAAACGUGACACACACCCUAGAGCUCCUGCACGUGCGAUCAGGCCGACUGUCAGCACCCAACUGGCCUCGCGCUCCACCGCCGCGCUUCACGCUGCGGACGCGACUUAUCGCGCCACAUGAUCAUACGCUAUCUAUGGCAUUUGCUAAGACGACGCUCGCUAGCGGAGAGGAACCUUGGCCUUGUGGGGAAGGGAGAGGGUGGAUUGAGGUGAAAGACACCUACACAGACAACAACGGUACACAGUGGACGCUCUGCGAGGCGGACCGAGCGAAGCGAAGAACAGAAACGCCACUCGUCAUCAACAGUUACUUGCACUCGCUGACGGUCACGCAGUGUGCGGGGGAAAAUGGUGUACAUGUGGAUGUUGCGUUGCUAGUUAAUAAAGACCCUGAGUACCACAAUAAAAUUCUACUGCUCUCCGAGGGCGAGGACGCGAACAUUGAGUCCUGCUACCCAAACCCUUGCUUAAAUGAUGGGUUCUGCGCUACUGAUGAUACGAAGAACUUUUGUCAGUGCGCUGGGUACUAUACAGGCAUGUUCUGCCUCCUAAACGCCUGCGAGCGCUCGCCCUGCGUGUUCGGGAACUGCACACUAUCAGAAGAGUCCUUCGUGUGCGCAUGCGCGCGCGGCUGGCGCGGGCGGCGCUGCGCCGAGCGCGUGCGCCCGUGCGCCGCCCGCCCGUGCAACAACCGCGGCGCGUGCAGCGAGAGGGACGGGGGGUUCAUGUGCCAGUGUAACCCGUCGUGGAAGGGGAAGAGAUGCGAAAUCCCAAACCCGACGCCAAAAAUCGUGAGCCUCGGCGCCCGUAUGAUGCAAGAGCCGUUCUGGCUGGGUCUGAUCGCCGUCUUCGUGGUCCUCGGAGCCAUCGGCCUGGUCUGGUGCGCCAAGCGACACUUCCCUGAGAAGAUUGAGAAGUUGCUGGCCGAGGAGGCUGAUCGGUGCGCGAGACCGUCCCCCUCGCCGCGCAAAAAACGAAAUAAUUCAACGCCAACGAAGAAAAACGCAGCAGAAAAGAAGCAGAUACUUCAACAGCUCAUAAGUCCAGCUACAGCCAAUGAACACUCCAAGAAAAUUACCAUGGGAGAGUUAAUACAAAUGUCAGAGAAAAGGACUCUAAGUACUGUUGAAAGCGCGCCAGCAUUUAUGGAAUUUAGUGAGAAUAAAGAGACCUCAUUCGCUAGUGAGGCUUCAACUCCAUCAACAUCGCCGUCGACUAGACACGUAUCAGAUCCUAAGUUAGAAAAGAAAGUGACAUUCGCGAGACUCCUGAAUAGGGUGUCAGCAGAAAUGAGCUCAAGCUCCGACGCGGAUAUGAUGAACACGAUAGCGAUUCCGAUGGCGGUGAUAGCAGACAGAGGAAUGAGGGCAAAGGCAUCGAGUACGCCGCCGUCGCCGGGGGUGGAAAUGCGGUCGCCGCAUAGCACGUCGAGCAACCAGGGGAGUGAUUCCAUGUCGAGUUUGGAUUUGACGUUAGCGCAUGCUGCUUUGAAAAAGUAUUCCAGAACCCCAAAAAUCUCAAGCGCUGACUCCAUUCUCGCGAUGUUCCGCAACUUCUCCACCUCGGCCGCCAUCAUCUCCCGCGCCUCCUCCGGCGGGAUCUCGGCGUCGAGCACGCCGACGGCGUCGUCGCCGCAAGACGACACUGUCGACGCCGACGACGUGUCGGUCGCGUCGUCGCUCGUGCCCUCGCUCGCGCCGGACUCGCCGAUCGCGAGGCCGCAUAAUACUAUUGAGAUACAGGUCCUAGACCCACUAAGCGCCCAUAAAUCCUCAGGCUCGGGCAGCAACCUCCUCCACCCCCCCUCCAUCCUCCUAGAAGUCCCUUCGACCAUCAACAAGUGCCUCUCACCCAUCCGCGAGCUGCCAACACCAUUGCCCACUCCUCUGCCUACUCCUUUGCCUACUCCGCUACCGUCUCCUCGGAUGCCGAAGAAGAUGGAGUUGGAUAAUAAUGAGAUCAGGUGCAUGUCGCCGAGUGAGGAUGAAGAUGAGAUUCGACUGGAGAAGCCGGAGAGGCCCACGUCUGGGUUGCGAUUGAAGUUCCGCCAACCUGCGUUCAGCUGCGACACCCCCACACCCUCCACCCACGUAACAGACUCACCCAGCCCCAGCUUCACCCACAGCCAAGACUCAGAGCGGGAAAUGUCCUCCCCAUCCCCCGCACCACCAUCCCUCCGAGUCCCAGUCCUCACCAUCGAACGACCAUCCCCAGGCUCCCCACCUCCCAAAAGAACGCCACCCCAUCUAGAGUUCCAACCUCCCCCUUUGAUAACAGUCACUUACAACGCCAGCGAGGAAUCAGAUGAACCUUUGUCACCAAGACCACCACCUCCAACGAUGAACAUGUGUUAUCUCAGCCCAUUCUCAAUGUCAGCCAGAGGGGAACGAGCUCCAUCAGAGUCCAAUCUUUCCUCAUCAGGGUAUAGCUCCAUGGCUAGCCCAGGACCAUCGAGAUGUGGAUCUAGCAAUCCGUUAUGCCCGUCUGAAAUGGAAGAUCCUGGCUCAGGUGGGGGACCGUCAUGUUUUCAAAGAAGACGACCGUUAAUGAAAACCAAUUCGAGUCCAGCGUCGUCUAACGAUGACUCCAAGGAAAGGAGACGAGGAAGAUCCGACUCAGAGACGCUCUCAGACGAUCCUUUGCUAGAAUCUAAUGACGAAGGCAUAGGAACAGAUGAAAGGGUAGACGAUGUACCGUCCAGCGCUAAAGAAAUGGAGACUCUCGUAGUUUUGAAAGAAUUAGAUGUGCCACAAACAUUAUGUUCUCCCAGUGGCGUUACUAAAUGCUCAAUCGUCAAAUGCCUGAGCGUAGAAAGAGGGCUAGAUGAGAAAGCGAGUCUACGACCACCUACAUUACUUACAGACCUUACCAGGCCUUUAAGCCCUGUAAGUUCCCGAAGCGAAUCACCGCUAAGCGACAAGGCGAGCUUAGGUCGAUUCUCACCACAGUUCUACGGGAGACAAUUACCUUUUACCGAUUCUGAUGGACUCUACGACUUUCCAAGUUCAGAGUGUGUGAAAGGGACAAGCUGUAAAGGAGGUACGAAUACGCAGAAGAAGUCUGGGAGGAAACGAGAUAGAAGAACGACGAGGACUGUGUCGCAUGAGGCGACGGGCACGACUAAGUCAGCACUGCCACAUAUGCCGCAUUCCAUGCAUAAUCUUUUAGAGGUGCCAGGGCCCCGCGACGGGAGCCGAGGCCGAAAGUCCGGGCGCCGGCGCUCGCGCUCGCAGGCCCCGGCGCCCCCGUCCUCCUCGUCCUCUGAGGACUCGGUGUCCGCGGCCUCGGUGGCCUCUGUGGCCUCCGCGAGGGAACUGAGGUUGCCGCCUGAUUUGGAUAUGCAGGAUACGUCAUCCAAGAUCUCAUCAAGUCUCGAUUUAACGGAGGACUCCCGAAAACCUGUCAAAGUUAAUAAACUAAGGACCAUCAGCAACCAAAUUAGAUUCCUUCGACGUUUGGAGCGAAGUUUGAAAAUGAAAGAAAGCUAUCCUGCGCUAUCAGAUGAUGAAGGCGAUGAAUCUUCAAGCGUAACCUCACCUCUAUUACAAGGUCGGAAGGACCUAAAUCGAAUGCCGACACACGCGAUAUCAGCACCUCUAUUAGGACCCGGGAGGCCUAAAAUCGCCCGACAGAGGCGGUACGACCGAUCUUUGUUAAGUGAAGAUACUAGGAUACUAAGCACGACAUGCCAUGAUAAUUCCGAUUGAAAAUGAACUCUGUGUUUACGUGAAUAAAGUGCAGUUUUACUUUAGCAAUAAGAGUGCGUUACGGUGAAAGUUUGAAUAAUUGCGUACUCGGCAAUGUCCAAGUUUUUGACAGCUGUCUGGUGACACUUGAGUAUACAAAAUUCUAAUCUAAUGUGAUAUAAUUAUAAUGUAAUGGUUCUUCAGGAGUGUUGACGAUUUUAACAAUUAGUACUAAAUAUAUGUAGAUAGCCAUCGUGUAGAGGUUUCGUUUUCCUCAGUUCCACUUUUGAUGUCUUGAACUUAUACGUGAUUCUUACUGUAAAUAAUUUGUCUUAUAGCAAUAACCUAUUAUUUAUAAGGGUGUAUAUUCAUCCGUGUAGUUGAUACAGACAUUAAUACCUACUUGUUGUUUUUUUUAUUCAUUAGUAAGGGGUUAGUCUUAAUUAGAUAUAGGUAAUGUUAUUAUUAUCUUAUUUUUUAAUGUUCCGCUAAAUAUAAUUUCCUGUUCGUUAGAUUAUUGACUAUGUAAAAUGCUUUUGUAAAUGUAUUAUACGUAUUGCUCAAAUGCAUAUUUUGUGAGAUCGUUUUUGCGCACUUUUUGCUGUUAUGUAUAUACAUUUAAUAUAAGUAUUGUAAAUAUGGGGAUUUCGAGAGAAAUGUAAAUACUUUGACACGUUUAGACGAAAGAAAGGUACCAAACUAACGGUAUACCAUGCACAAUUACUAAUAUACACGCGUAAUCUCAAACGUAUAUUGUGUAUUACGGUAAGUAAGUACAUUUAAGUAGGUAUAGCUACAUUUAGUACCUUUAACAUAUAACAGACGCACCAAUAGAAUAGAGAACGCAAUAAUGUCUAGUUACCUGAUAAAUGUUACUCAA